UCUGGGUGGGCGGGAUGGACCCCUGAGCCUACUGCAGUCACUGUCUGGCCUGCCCCGUGUGCCGGCCUCAUCCUAACCCAGCCCAGGCUCUCCCCAGGCUCUGUAUCUGUCCCUUUGGCUUCUGGCGCCUCGCUCAUCUGUCCCUCUACCCAUCUCUCUGUGGCUCAGUGCUUUCUCCCUCUCUCUCUCUCUCUCUCUGCUUCCUCUCUACGUCUGUCUCUGAUAGCCCACUUGUCUGUUUUCUGGUUCUGUGUCUGCCGCCACCUGUCUGUGUCCCUCUGUCUCUAUCUCCACUUUGGCUUUGUCGCCCCAGGCCCAGCCCCUUGGGCCUCAGGUCCACCCCUCUGUGGGGUGAAGGGUGCUGGUCAGGGCCAGGUGUCCCCCUUGCAGCACUUGCCCCUUGGGAGACAGAGAGGCUGUGUGACUCACGGCCCUUCUCCUAGAGAGGUUCUUCCUUCCCUGACCUCCACCAUCCUGUCACUCUCCCUUCUUGACUGACCCCCUCUCACCCUUUUCCCAUAUCCAGAAGACUUGACCCACCCGUACUCUUGACUCUCCCGAGAGAACGUGCUCUGCGUGACCCCGUCUUCCCCUGCCACCUCCCUACCUGCCUCUCGAGGCUGGCAGAAUGUGGAGAAGAGGCUCACCUAGAUAGACCCCUCCCCGGGCUUCGUUCUGUCUGGAUCCUGGGUCACUACAAUACUGGGGGUUCCUCUUGUGAUCCUCAGUCCCAACCCAGGGCUCACCCUGGCCUGGCUCUUCUCGACCUCUGGGUCUUUCUCCUUCCCUCAAGGUCACUUGACAAUGUGGUAUUAUAGAAAGAGCACUGGACUGGGAGUCCUUUUGACUGCUUUUCAUCAGACUAACUUUCAGCACCUGCAACCCUGGCCACCUAUGCCUCCCCCCGCCCUACCAGCGCCCCCCCGCCCCCACCUCUUUCCACUCCUCCGUUAGAUCUGGCCCUAGCCCAGGCCCGUCAGUUCUAACUUGGACUGCUGAUCGGGCCGGUGUGACCAGUGGGGACUCCCAUCCUGGACAUGAGGAGCCUGGGGCCUCUCAGGCCUGGCUCUUCAACCACUGAUGAACUGAGAUGUGCCAGCCCCAUGGAGGCCUUGCUUUCUUCCUUCCCCACUGUGUGGCCUUCCCCAGGUUUCCACUUAUGAGACAGUGGGCCUGGGCCCCACAGCAGGGGGUGCUCAGGCUCAGGUGCCUCCCCACCCCCAGACAGCCCCUCGGCCCCAGUGAAUGUCACUGUCAGGCACCUCAAGGCCAACUCUGCAGUGGUGAGCUGGGACGUCCUGGAGGAUGAGGUUGUCAUCGGAUUUGCCAUCUCUCAGCAGAAGAAGGACGUGCGGAUGCUGCGCUUCAUCCAGGAGGUGAACACCACCACCCGCUCAUGCGCCCUCUGGGACCUGGAAGAGGACACUGAGUACAUUGUGCACGUGCAGGCCAUCUCCAUUCAGGGCCAGAGCCCAGCCAGCGAGCCAGUGCUCUUCAAGACCCCUCGUGAGGCUGAGAAGAUGGCGGCCAAGAACAAAGAUGAAGUGACCAUGAAGGAGAUGGGGAGGAGCCAACAGCUGCGAACCGGCGAGGUGCUGAUCAUCGUGGUGGUCCUGUUCAUGUGGGCCGGCGUCAUCGCCCUCUUCUGCCGCCAGUAUGACAUUAUCAAGGACAACGAACCCAAUAACAACAAGGAGAAGACCAAGAGUGCGUCGGAAACCAGCACACCAGAGCACCAGGGCGGAGGUCUUCUCCGCAGCAAGAUAUGAGAACCUUUUCAGUGCUCGCUCUGAGCAGCUCAGAAGAGACGGUGGAGAAGUGAGAGAUGUCAUGGUUCUGACGAUGAUUAUCCAACAAACAUCUGGCCCUCUCCACAUCUCCUCCCUCCAUCUCCUCACACCCCCUGGCUUACUGUCCUCUCUCUUGGCUUCUCUCUUUCUGCCGCGUUUUCCUGAAGCCUCUUUUUAACCCCCAUCUCCAGAAGCACCUCAACAAUGUCAGUGGCUGAGGCUGCGCUCAGAGGCAGGUCCGCAGGAUGCGCGAGAAACGGCCGGCGGGAUGGCCCUGCCGGGGGUGGACAGGGGGCCUGGGGCCGAGGGCCCAGCACCCAGUCUUGGCCACUAAGCGAGUGAGGCCGAAGGCUGGGUUUAAGAAGGCAGAGAGACGAGGCACGCGGGCAGGGCCACUCCUUUCCUUCCACGCGGGACGAGAGCCUGGCUUUUAGGCUGCAGCCCUUCCUUCUCGUGUCCUCUCUCUAGUUCCAACCUUGCAAGAAGUCUAUUCAAUUAGCCCUGGCUGCUUCUCUCAUUUUUUUCCUCCCAGUUUCCAAACAAGCCCUCGGUGAACAUCAUCGAAGCAUGACUGCCUGUCUGCAGGGAGAAGGAUUUCAUUUUUCUUCUCUGCUGUCCCCGGGUCCAUGGGCACCCGGACGGGGAGGACUGCGGAUGGGGGGAGGCACAGCCGGCCGCACCGUUGGCACUCUUCCCCAUCCUAGUCUGCUGAAGGAAACCGAACUGUGAACCCAAAAUCUGCAAAAAAUAAACAAGCCACAAAACUAAAAGGCCUGGCCCCAUUCUGGAAAAGGCAAAGCUGCAUGAGACACAGCCUUCUUUCUGCCUCCUCGCCUCUUCUGGACUGGCUUCCUCUUUGAGACAAUGCACAGAGCUCCCGGGAGAUGACAAGCACCUAGACUGACUUCAGCUGUGUCUUUCAGACUGAGAGCCUUCAGGAAAGCCACAGGGCAGGAGCACGGCUGCCAGCAAGCCUUUCCUGGAUCCAGCCAUCAAGGACUUGCGGUGUGAUGCACAACUUUGCGAGUGUGUAAGAUGUUAUGUUUUGUCUCUUUGGAAAAUGUGACGGAAGGGCUUCACUCCAGAGGGCAGAGGAAUUCCCCAAGCUGGUUGCCCGCAGCCUCUGUCUUCUUUGGCCCUUAUUUUGACCCUUAACAUAAUUAGUCUGCAGUCUUAAGAAGACGAGGUAGGAAAGAGACCUGGACGGUACUGGCCCCAUUUCUUUAGGAAGAGUCUUGGAAUUGUGACAAUGUUGGCUUACAUGACUGAAACGGUGUGUCCGCAUGGGACAUCCUGGGGGCUGCUAAAUCACCCGCUCUGGAAUGGAAGCUGCUAGAAGGCAGGCCUGAGCCAUUUACCACAGACAGAGCAGCCCUGGCCUCCGGGGUCUCCAUAUCUUGCCAUCUCAUCCAGGGUUCUGUGAAAGCUACCCAGGGUCCUCAUGUCCUUCCCUAGAGCCUGAGUGGUGUGAGGUGACAGGUCUCUCUCUCCACUGCCCCUUUCUGGCAAACAAAACAAAACAAAACAAAAAUGGUGCUUGACAAGGGAAGGCAGACUCUUCCCUAGGACUGCAAGUUACAGCCGCUGAAUGCCUGCGUGGGAAGAGAUGGGCCUCUGCGUCUUCCAUUGGUGGCUAAGGACGGGCAUGUGGGAGGACCACACCUAGCACAAGCCUGGCACACAGUAGGCGCUCAGUGAAUACCUGCUGAACUGAAUGGUAAGAGCAGUGGCCCCCAAGCCAGAGAGCUGAAAGCCAUCACCCAAAGACCGGCGCCACCAUCCGGUCUAGAAGAGCUCUCGUGGCUAGGCCAGCCACUGCUCUGCUUCGCCCUGGUGUGGCAGCGCAGGGAGGGAGGAGAGACAGGGUGAAAGGCAGAUGUCAGCAAUACUAAGGGCUUCCUCACGGGAGGGCAUGAGGCUCCACUCAUUGUCUUGUGACUUCCAUCCCUGCUGAAUGGGACUGCAAGGCCAAGGCUGCUUAGGGGAGAGGUCCUUACCUCUGAUUCAGUUAGAGCAAUAACCUCUUUUUAAAUGUAAAAUAAAAGACAAAUGAAAAGGCA